AUGAUCCUGCAGCAAUCGAAUUCCAUUUCCCUUCUUUUAUGCUUCGCUUUAGCAGUGUUCGUCCGGAGCUGCUUUGGAGGAGAGUCGUCCACCUGUUUGGCAGUAUACAAUGAAGGCGGAGCUCCGGCGGUGUUUAAAUCUCCGAAAUGUCCCCGCUGGAGCCUUUCCAAUUACCAGUCCCAAGCGGACAGCACCACCCCUACCUCCGGCCGUUGCCAAUGGGCGAUGCUUCGAGGUCGAAGAAAGUCUCAGGAGGACAGAAUCCUAUGUGCUCAUGAUCUUCGCAUUCCUUUACCUGGUAAAAUAGGACUUAAAGAGGUGAGGGUUGACAUGGUAGCGGUGUUUGAUGGUCAUAAUGGUGCGGAGGCGAGCGAAAUGGCUUCAAAGCUCGUGCUUGAGUACUUUGCACUGCAUACUUACUUCCUUUUAGAUGCAACAUAUUCGUUAGCAUUCAAGAGAUCGACUGGAAGCCUACCGAGCGAGAAAGAGAAGGAUGCCACUUUUCAGCUGUCGAGUUCAAAAGAAGAACUUGGUAGAGCUGAUUUCAAAAUCGACAGGUUUAAAUUCUCUUUGCCAGACAGUUUCGAUGAAUCUUUUCAUUUAGAAAUUUUGAAGGAAGCAUUGUUGAGGGCAAUCCAUGAUAUUGAUACCACAUUCUCCAAGGAAGCAUCCAGGAAAAAUGUUAAAUCAGGCUCCACAGCUGCUGUUGUAUUGCUUGCAGAGGGUCAUAUAUUAGUUGCCAAUCUUGGAGAUUCAAAGGCUAUUUUGUGCUCUGAAAAGUUUCAAUCUCCUGAAGAGGCAAAAGCUGCUUUGUUAAAGUCGUACAGGGAGCAGAUUCAUAAUGGAGCAGUUUCACAUGCAAGAAAUUAUAGAAGCAUCAGAUCAGCUGUAUCCAGUGGAGGGAAACGGUUUCUCUUUAAGGAAUUAACUAGAGAUCAUCAUCCUGAUAGAGAGGAUGAAAAGAUUAGAGUGGAAGCUGCUGGUGGAUACAUACUUGAGACAAGUGGUGUGCAUCGGAUAAACGGUGAGCUGGCUAUUUCACGAGCUAUUGGCGAUAUUCAGCUCAAGAGUUAUGGUGUGAUAUCUGUGCCUGAAGUGACGAAUUGGCAACCUCUCACCGCUAGUGAUAACUAUCUCGUGGUUGCAUCUGAUGGCGUGUUUGAGAAGUUGGGAUUUCAAGAUGUCUGUGAUAUAUUGUGGGAUUCCAAAAACUGCGGGACUAGAAAACUGGGGUUGUCUUCUUCUCACUCAUAUUCCUUAGCUGAGUGUUUGGUUGAGGCAGCAUUUGUUGAGGGAAGUAUGGAUAACAUAGCAGCCGUGGUGGUUCCAUUAGGACCAAGUGUAGUUUCUAAAACAUUGCUGAGAGAGAGGUGUGUUGAGGAAGAAGACAUAGAUUGUUCAACAACGAGAGUAACAAACUUUAUGUAUGAAGAAUCAGCCGAUGACUUCACUUCCAAGUUGGCACACUUGGAGCACAGGCUUCCACUUAUCACAGAGUUCAGCAGGUUAUUGGUUGAAGCUAAAUAUGGGAAUCUUGGUUGUUAUUAUUUGGAUGAGAGUUUGAACAAUAUCAUGGAUACAUGGAAAGCUCAACGUACUGUCUCAAAACAUUACAAAAGUGGCCUACCUCAAGCUCUACCUGAAGCACUGGAUCAUCAUAAUGAUGGGUUACUCAAUCUGUACUUUGAUCAGCACUUGUGCUUUCAAGGUGCAGCCGAUGAUGGUUUUGAAGGUCAAUGCCCUAAUUCCGAGGCCUUUGGUAGUUUCCUUGGUUUACUUGAAUCUAUUCCUUUCCUUGAUACUGCUUCAAGUUAUGGAUCAACUGAAGAAGCGAUGCCUGACUUGAGGUACGUGCUAAAGAAAAGAUAUGGUCGUGGAUCAUACGGCGAAGUAUGGCUCGCUUUUCAUUGGAACUGCCAUCAAGACACUAAUGUUUCAAAUUCUACUUUUAAGAAUGAGAAUAUCUCAUUUGAAGCUAGGUGUUCCAAUUCAAGUAUGAACAGUUCUUGCAGCUCUAAUCAUGGUCAAUCUGCUGGCUCCUUUGAUGAUGACUUGUUCAUUCUCAAACGCAUUAUGGUGGAGAGAGGACCAGCUGUUUACUUGAGCGGUCUACGGGAGAAAUAUUUUGGAGAAAUGUUCUUAAAUGCCUCUAAGAAUAUACAGGGAUUAUCAGAUGAAUAUGAAUCAUCCUUUUCUGAGGAUUUUGAAUCAGAUUUUGAUGAGCUAUCCAAAAUGAGCAAGUAUGGGUUAGGAAAUAAAUGGGUUGAGGAUAAUAUAUUCCCUAAUAGGUUUAUGUUCCAGACACCUGUUUUUGAAGAAGGCUUGAACCAUAUAGCAAGAUACAUAGAAUCCUUUGAGUCUAAGUCCAAUGAAAUGUGGCUUGUAUUCCGACACGAAGGUGUUUCUUUGUCAAAGCUUAUUUAUACUGUGGAGGAUGUAAUUGAUAAUGCUGGGGAAGAAAAGCUUGAAACAGCUAAGCUUGUUCAAAUUUUGCGUCCAUCUAAAUGGUGGCGCUGGUUGAAAACGACAGAAGCAGGAAAGCAAGAGAUGCGUAUUGUUAUUCACCAACUGUUGAUGGCACUGAAGGCCUGUCACAGCCGUAAUGUUACCCACAGGGAUAUUAAACCUGAGAACAUGGUGGUCUGCUUUGAAGAUGCAGAGACUGGCAGAUGCUUGAAAGGAGUUCCGAGUGGGGAUAGGAACUACACCAUUAAAAUGCGCAUUAUUGACUUCGGCAGUGCAGUAGAUGAUUUUACCAUGAAGCACUUGUAUGGAUCAAGUGGACCUAGCAGGGCUGAACAAACUUUUGAGUACAGUCCUCCCGAAGCUUUUCUUAAUGCUAGUUGGCAUCAGGAACCGUCAAGCAGAAGAUUGAAGUAUGAUAUGUGGAGUGUUGGUGUUGUAAUUCUAGAGUUGAUUUUGGGCUCACCAAGUGUCUUUCAGAUAAGCCCCAAAACACAAGCUCUUCUAGAUCCUCAUAUUCAGGGUUGGAAUGAAGACCUGAAGGAGCUUGCAUACAAACUUAGGUCAUUCAUGGAGCUAUGCAUCUUAAUCCCAGGGAGUUCCUCAAAUCAUCGUCAGACUAGGGGGCAACUUCGAGAUUCACCUGCUUCAUGGAAGUGUUCUGAGGAAUUCUUUUCCCAGCAGAUCAAAAGCAGGGAUCCUCUGAAGACUGGGUUCCCAGACGUUUGGGCUUUGAGAUUAGUGCGUCGGCUUCUUCUCUGGGAUCCUGAUGACCGAUUGAGUGUGGAUGAAGCAGUGGAUCAUCCCUAUUUCAAGCAGGUUCCAAAGGGUUAA